AUGGCGUUUUUCACAUCCAAGUACCGAGCAUCUGCAAAGAAGCAACCCACAAAGAAACAACCGCUGAUUACAGCGUUCAUCCCUGGCAAAAAUCACAAUCACAGUCACUCACACACAGCGGUCGAGGAGCAGACCUUCGAGCGCGAAGGACCCUUCAGGUUGCUCGAUCUACCCAGCGAACUCCGGAAGUUGGUCUAUGAGCACUGUUUACCGAGAGCGCCUGUCGCGAUCGUUCUUCCAAGCGGCUCGGCGACAGCACGUGAAGAGGCGAUCCCGAUCUACUCGCGAGGCGGACUCAAGGUCUAUUUGUGUCAAGGUUGGGAGACACAGACUUGGAGCGAACCGACAGUGUGGCUGGCACUCUGCAGAGACUUGUGCAUUGACGAGUUGAAUAUCACCAAUCCCGUAACGCUCAACCUUCCGAAGAUGCUGGCGCUGAAGCUCGUACACUUUCAUCAUAAUCGGGAUUACGAGCGUCUUAGCGCCGAACAAUUGCAGGAGGACAAGAAGGCAGCUGUGGAGCGCUACAAAAAGUUUGGGCUGCUUGCUCUGGAGAAUGUUGAAGCUCGGCAAGCAGUCUCGGUCAUCUUGGUGGUUGGGUCUAGACCCGUUUUCCUGGGCCGAGUGGGACGCAAGUCGAUAUCUUGA